AUGUUUUUCGAUGUAGCGAACCGUUUGAUUUUCAUUCUACUUGGAACCAUAUGGAUGAUAUAUCAGUUAUACAAUAAACAAACACCACAAACAACUCAUUCACCAACUGAUCAUAUCAGUACUGAACGAAUUGUUAGUAAGACAGAGAAUGUCACUCACCCAAUGUUCACUGUAGAAGAUGUCCACAGAAUAGGAAAUGAAACAAGAAAAACCACAUUGAAGAUAGUUCAGUCAUCUGAUAAACAACGACCACAGACAACUCAUUCACCAACUGAUCAUAUCAGUACUGAACGAAUUGUUAGUAAGACAGAGAAUGUCACUCACCCAAUGUUCACUGUAGAAGAUGUCCACAGAAUAGGAAAUGAAACAAGAAAAACCACAUUGAAGAUAGUUCAGUCAUCUGAUAAACAACGACCACAAACAACUCAUUCACCAACUGAUCAUAUCAGUACUGAACGAAUUGUUAGUAAGACAGAGAAUGUCACUCACCCAAUGUUCACUGUAGAAGAUGUUCACAGAAUAGGAAAUGAAACAAGAAAAACCACAUUGAAGAUAGUUCAGUCAUCUGAUAAACAACGACCACAGACAACUCAUUCACCAACUGAUCAUAUCAGUACUGAACGAAUUGUUAGUAAGACAGAGAAUGUCACUCACCCAAUGUUCACUGUAGAAGAUGUCCACAGAAUAGGAAAUGAAACAAGAAAAACCACAUUGAAGAUAGUUCAGUCAUCUGAUAAACAACUACCGAUAUUUAUUCGUUCACCAUUAAAUGAAAUUGAUUCACAAGGAAAUGUUUUUCGACCAAAAAUAGUCACCAGUAACGACUUUUCUGUUGAUUAUGAUGUCCAAGACAUAAAAAUUGAAACUGAAGAACGAAACUAUGAUAUGGUUUUAGACAUUUUAUUGACACGAACAAAUGCUCAACGCCAGCAAGUUGCAAAUCAUUAUAAGAAAAUCUUUAAAACCUCAUUAUUGAAUGAAAUGGAUAAUGUUGAACCGAAUAAUUUGAAACUAUUACUUCAAGAUCUAUCAACAGAUACAUCAGUUUUAUUUGCUGAAGAAUUGUAUAAAGCAAUAUAUACAUCAAAUUUACAAAUGACAACUAGUUUAUUGAUGGAUUUAUGGGAAAAUGAAUUUGAUCAAGUGGAAAAUAUUUAUAAAUUAUAUUCGAAUGAACCGAUUUGGAAGAGUAUAGAAAAACGAUUUGGAAAAUCUACACAAGAAUUUAUACAAUGUGUAGUUGAAACAAGAAAAGUUAAAAUUAAAGAACAGCUAACGGAAGGUGAUGUUUAUAAGCCAAUAGUUAAUAUGAGUGAAGUUAAUAAAACGUUUCAUGUUUUGUUAAAACAAAUGAAUUCAAUGGAACAUAAUCAGCAACAGUUAAGUAAUCUUCUGUGUAAACUUAAUCCAUUUCAAAUAGAUGAAUUAGAUAUGAUGUACCAACGAGAUUUCAAGAGAAAGUCCUCUGAACUGAUUGAACGUGGAUCAACUGGUGAAAUGCAUGAUUUAUUAAUGUCAUUGUAUACUUAUUCUGUUAUGAAACCAACGUAUUUUGCUACAUUAAUUCAUGAUGCACUUUAUAAAGAACCUAUCAAUACGUUAACUGCUCAACGUUUGCUUAUUUUCCGUUCAGAAAUUGAUUUACAAACAGUAUGUGAUUUAUAUGAAGCGGAAUAUGGAAUCAAUUUGUCAGAUGAUGUAAAACAGAAGUAUUUCAAUGGACAAGAUAAUGCUUUGACAGUUCUUUUAAGGAUGCGACAAUCAAUUAUCUUUUAAUCUUCAUAGUAGUUGUUCCUUUAAAGGAAUUUUUAUUAAACAUUAUACUGUUCUUUUUAAAUCUCUAUAUUGGUUUCUUAAAAACAGAAUGAUUUAAAUCACUUAACAGUUAUUUGCUUUAACUAACUUAUUCAUUCCGGAAUCUUGUGUUAUUAUGCUAAGCAACCUAAAUUAUAAUUAGAACAAGUGAUUAACCACACACAAUGCUAAUUUUUCAUAUUUAUUUGUUUUGUACAAUGGAUAUGCUGGACAUUUUUCGUUUGAGAUACAUCUUUGUAUGUUGACUACAGUUUUAAUUUUGUCACACAUAAUCUGCUAGUGAAUAAACUCUUUGCUGUACGUAAGAUAGAAACCAUAGGCGCAAGACAUGUGGAUUAUGAACUUAUUACUGUUGUGUAUAAUACUACUUCUGUUAGUGCAACGAGCUGAUGUCAGUUCGUGAUGAAAACCAUAAAUCUAAUUACUAACCCUUAACCAUUAACAGUAAAUCAUAUUUCCAGUUUCUCACCAUAUUUUAUAACCCUCAUUUGGUCCUAGUUUAUAUGUGGCAUUCUCAAGGUCACAUUAGCGUCGCUCAAAGGCCGUCAAUAAAUUAAAGUCUCACCCAGGAUAACGAAAAGAAAUAAUCAACGUGCUGUAGUUAUGCUUAACAUUUUGAAAGGCUUGUGGCCUCAAAAGCAUUUGAAUGGAUUAUAAAAACUCUGGCACCCUUACCAAAAACUGAUAAAACUAUCCAUAAAACGUACUGUUUCAUACAAUAAACUCUACAGUUGAUGAAUAAAUGUUAUGGUGUCAUACAAAAUAAAAACUUUUGUGAAAUGAUUGAAAUUGGAUUUGAAGAUAAUCUAUUUUGAUGCUCAAAUUUUACCACACUUUGAAUAAUUAUAUCAGAUUCUUUAGUGUACAAUAAUCCAGCAAAUUAAAACUGCAAUGUUGUCAAACAACGAAUACAAUUAUUUAAUAAUUUAUGGUAUGAAUAGUUUUAAUGUUCAUGUAUAUACCAUAUUAUUUACUUACACCCAUUACUCCCAAUGGAGCGCAGGACGCCGACCAGCAUUCUCCAACCCACUCUGUUCUGAGCCUUCUUUUCUAGUUCUAUCCGAUUGUUGUUCAUUCUUCUCAUGUCUAUGUCCGUUUUUCGGCUUAAUGUGUCUUUUGAUCUUGCUCUCCUCCUUUGGCCUCAAGUGUUCCAAGUGAGGUUUUGCCUUGUGACGUGGUUGGGUGCUUUCCUCAAUGUAUAUUCAGCACUUCGUCCUGAUUUCUUCCAGGUAUCAUUCCUUGCGGUUUUUUGGUACUUGUUCUUCAUCCCAAAUCUUGC